AAUCGACUCCAAGCUUGGAAGUGUACAGAGGUUUGUGCGAACGACUGCAUCUCAUUAAAGGGUAACAGUUUACGGACUGGCCAGAUUCCCUAGAGUAAGGCUUCUUUAUCGGGAAUUGUGAACGCAGUCUAUGUUUUGGAAAACUGUCAGCAAUUUAUCCGCCAUCGUCGGUCGAACAGAUAUUUCCGGUUUGCACUGUAUUAUUAGCGUUGCCGGGUAAGUUAAUUGGCUUCUUGUUUUUGCUUUGGUAAAGCUGAUUUGUUUCUUCAAUACGCGCACUACCGAUUAUCUAUACUUUGCAAAAGCAAAGAUUCUUCAGUUGAACCAAUUAUUUUGAUACGGCUGCAGAAUCUUGCGCCGGUGUUUGCACGUACAGCCGUACGUACAAUACUCGUCUGUUCCUGCAUUCUGUAACUUCACAAUGCAGGCAUGUAUAAUGCAUUUUCAAAAGUUUUGUUUAAAGUGACAAGACAACAGUAGUGUGUCAAUAUGCAUGCAGUACAUAAGAUUAUCCAUUGGGAUGAACCUUUUCCAGUGCAACUGCUAUGAUUAUUUUUAUUAGAACCAAUUUGCGACGCCAUCGGCAGGUAUCGACGGAACGAUUGAAUUACGGGAACCUCCGGAAACUUGCUAGUCGCUGUAUAUGGCUAACUUCUCGGUUAUUCUUUUAUUUUAUUAACAACCUGAUAAAGGUUUGACCCCGAUAAAGCAUUUAAUUCUGGAACAAAACAUCGACGAGAAAGUAAUGAUUGUCUGCCGCAUAAUUUGUGACAGUUAUCGCAGUCACGUGCAUUACCGACUGUCCCCAUAGAGCAAAAGUGUAUUUCAUAUGCACGUCUCAUUUCGGUUUGUGUUUAGUUACUCUAAUGAGAAGUCCAUGAAAGUGACACAGAAGUACGAUACCAUGCCCCAAGCCAAUUUAAAAAAAAAAUGACUAAGAAGGAUCCGUAUAUUUAGUCACCUAUUUAGUGCGACUCCCCUGGAUAAUUUUUAUCUCAUAAUCGGUACCGAUCACUGGAAAACAUUAUUGGACAUGUAUCUGGGCAAUUUCAGCCAAGAAGGAUUUUCGGCAAAGGUCUUAUAUAUGCUGCUCCUAGAGCAAAUGUACAUACAACUUUGGAAUAUGGACUUUGAUCGUUCCUAAAAUUUGUUGUUGAGCCCUGAAAUGUCUCAGUGACGGAAGCUACGAGUAAUAAAAUGCGUGGACAAGCGAUUAUAGCGGCAACACGUAAUUUUUCGUCUGGAACACUUAAUUACAACUAUCUCAGUGUCGCUGGAUAUAUGUAUGGUUUGUUGUUUAUUACAAAGUACCACGCGACAAUUUCCAUCAGCCUUUUAAAAAGGCUAGUAAAGAUGCCUGAUUGAUAAGUACACAGCGGUAAAACAUGUGCGAAAGUGAUUCUUUGAUAAGUUGAUCAGGCCGUCGAUAAAACUGACUCACAGACAUUAAUACACUUUUAUUUAAGUUGUAAUAAAGUAGUACUUUCGCUUUCGUUUUAUUCGCCAGUUAGUCAAAAGCUCAAUCGCAGUCUUUUUUAGCUAUGGUUUCCCAGAACAGCAAAACUUAUCCGUUCCUGUUUGUUAAGAGUAAUAUCGGUAAACAAUGGAUAACUCUUCCGUCUCUAUGAAUCUGACGGCGUGCGGAUGGCCAAUAGCCACUGUCCCCAGGCAUAACCUGGACCGGCACGACAUUCGUCACCUGGAUCUCUAUACCUAUCCGCUGCUACUGCUGAUUGGUACACUCGGCAACUUGCUCAAUAUCAUCGUUCUCAAGCAAGAAAAACCAUGCACAUCAAAAAACGUGUACCUCGUUGCCAUUGCUUUAUCGGAUAUGCUUUUUAUGUGGAUGGGAUUUUUCGUGUACGUUUCCAAUUUCGACGGGGAGGUACAUGGACGGCCUAGAGAUUCAGUACGAGCAAUGGUCCGCCACAUGGGCGGAGCCUGCCAUUUCUGCCAGGAAGUGGCGACAAUUUUUUCUUCCUGGUUGAUCAUCGCGUUCAGUGUGGAGCGUUUUAUGGCGAUCCGGUGCCCCUUAAAACAUUUAGUAAAGGACAACGUCCGUCAGUCAUGGAUCAAUAUCGCAGGUAUUCUUCCGACCGCCAUUGUCCUGGCUAGCCACCGUCUGGUCGAUUAUUACUGGUACCACGCGACCGCCAUUACUGGCUCACCGUACAAACGACCUGAUUUUUUGGAUGGUUGGAAUAAAGUCUACACGUGGCUAAUUACCCUGAUCAACGUGACGACCUUUAUCAUCAUAUUAGCUGUCAAUGCAAAACUUUUGCGGGAAAUUAUACGAACCAGAAAAUUCCAGCAGGUGGAGUUUCAGCGCUCAUUGGCGUCGCAUACAUCAUCGAACAGCAGUGACAGCACGCCCAGCAACGCACGUAUCAAUCCGCGAAUGGAAAAGAACGCUCUGAUUCUGCUAGGGGGUGUGGUGCUCAUGUUCCUCAUUACACAGAUGCCGGUCGUUGUGCAUAACAUCCUGCAUCUGCUGGAGAAAUCCUGCAUUCGCCGAUAUCCGGUGGAAUGGCGCCGCGUGGCGGUGCCGGUCUGCAAUUUUCUCCUCAAUGUCAACUAUUCCUGCAAUUUUCUGGUUUACUGUAGUAUCGACAAAAGGUUUCGGCGGAGUGUCUUUUAUUUGUGUCAUGCUGUCCCUCGGUUACGGUACAGUAUCGCAGCGGAUUCUCGACAACGGCACACAAAGAAUUCGAAAAAGCCGGUACCGGUAUCGCAUUCACGACCGAGGAACACAGUUAAUGCAGUGUUCAGUAACCUGUCUGUUGAAUGAUACUAAUUCUUACAUGUCGGCACAGUUCCUCCUUUGACCAAUGUGCUAUUUUCGAAAUUCCUUUCUUUACGUCUGUAAUAUAGGUGCAAAUAUCUGAUCUUGCAGUAUAUCUACGAGUAUACUAAUUUUCUGCUUGUCAUUUCUAUGCACAGUACAUACAUAAGCAAUAGCUUUCAAGUACAGAUAAUGCAAACUAGUUCUCAUAAGUGAUCGUAUACGUAUACUGCAUUAUGUAUUUGCUUCGUUAUCUGUGCUUACUGAUUAAGCAGUUAUUUUCACUACCUUUAACAUUUUCGGAUGUUUGUUUGUGCUUAAAAAUUAUUAACAGGGAUUAAAAGAAUGCCAGUUGUCCAAAAUAUUAAUGCACCUGCAACUGUUCUUCAGAAUAAUGCAACAA